UUCGGAUGAUGGUGAAUUCAUUAAUGGUAACAGAGCUCAAAUACUUGUACAAAACCACUAGUAAUAGUUAUACUAUAUAAAAAAUUGCAGAAUACAUUAGUAUCCGGAUAAUUGAAUUGAACCAAUUGGUACGAGUGAUUGAAAAAUUUACUGGAUAUCAAUUGACUUUUAUUAACUAAUUAACUAUACGGACAUUAAAAAGGGUGAUUUAAAUAACUAGGUAGUAAUUAUGAACGUUUUAAAAUUACAAAAGAAAUAUCCUGUAUUGGAUCAAAAUGAUUUAUUUGCUAUAAUUGAGGAUUUUAGAAGUAUUGAUUUAGAAGAUAAAGGUUGGGCUGAGAAAAAAGAUGUUAUUAAUUCUAUCUCUAAGAAAGGUCAAUAUACUUAUGAUCAAGCAAGAGAAGAAUUAAAGAAUGUUGAUGUUGAUGCUUCAGGUCAUGUAGAAUUAGAAGAUUAUGUUCAAUUAUUAGCUCAAUUAAAAGAAGGUGGUGCUAGUGGAAGUGUAGCUGCUACUCCUUCAGUUUCAUUAUCAACUUCAAUUGGUGCUGCACCUUCUUUAGCUUCAACAGUUUCUUCUCCUGGUAGAAAUAAACCUGCUCCUCCAAUUCCAACGGCUAAUACUACUAAUAAAACUUAUUUAGGUGGUAAAACUUCAGGUACUACUCAUACAAUUAAUGAUGAAGAAAGAACUGAAUUUACUAGACAUAUUAAUUCUGUCUUAACUGGAGAUCCAGAUGUUGGUGAUAGAUUACCAUUUGAUACUCAAACUUUUCAAAUUUUUGAUGAAUGUAGAGAUGGUUUAGUAUUAUCAAAAUUAAUUAAUGAUUCAGUUCCUGAUACUAUUGAUACAAGAGUUUUAAAUACUCCUAAAGGUAAGAAAGCCUUAAAUAAUUUCCAAAUGAAUGAAAAUGCUAAUAUUGUUAUUAAUUCUGCUAAAGCUAUUGGUUGUAUAGUUGUUAAUGUUCAUUCAGAAGAUAUUAUUGAUGGUAAAGAACAUUUGAUUUUAGGUUUAAUUUGGCAAAUCAUUCGUCGUGGACUUUUAUCGAAAGUUGAUAUUAAACUUCAUCCUGAAUUAUAUCGUUUAUUAGAAGAUGAUGAAACUCUUGAACAAUUCUUAAGAUUACCUCCUGAACAAAUUUUAUUAAGAUGGUUCAAUUACCAUUUAAAAAAUGCUGGAUGGCAUAGAAGAGUUGCUAAUUUCUCAAAAGAUAUUAGUGACGGAGAAAAUUAUACUGUUUUAUUAAAUCAAUUACAACCUGAACAUUGUGAUUUAUCUGCUUUGAAAAUUUCAAAUUUAUUACAAAGAGCUGAAAAAGUUUUGGAAGAUGCCGAUAAAAUUGGAUGUAGGAAAUAUUUAACUCCAAAUUCUUUAAUUUCAGGUAAUCCAAAAUUAAAUUUGGCUUUUGUAGCUCAUUUGUUUAAUACUUAUCCAGGAUUAGAUCCAAUUGAAGAACAUGAACAGAUUGAAAUUGAAGAAUUCGAUGCUGAAGGAGAAAGAGAAGCAAGAGUGUUCACCUUGUGGUUAAACUCUUUAGAUGUAGAUCCACCAGUUGUUUCAUUAUUUGAAGAUUUAAAGGAUGGUCUAGUCUUAUUACAAGCUUAUGAUAAAGUAUUACCAGGAUCAGUUUCAUUUAAACAUGUCAAUAAAAAGCCUGCCAAUGGUGGAGAAGUAUUAAGAUUUAAAGCGUUGGAAAAUACCAAUUAUGCAGUUGAAAUUGGUAAAGCUAAUAAAUUCUCAUUAGUCGGUAUAGAAGGAUCAGAUAUUGUUGAUGGUAAUAAAUUAUUAACUUUAGGAUUAGUCUGGCAAUUAAUGAGAAGAAAUAUUGUUAACACAUUAUCUGAAUUAGGUAAAGGUGGUAACUUAACAGAUUCAGAUAUCUUAAAAUGGUCUAAUUCUCAAGUUGCUAAAGGAGGUAAAACUUCAACCAUCAGAUCAUUCAAAGAUUCAUCACUUUCUAAUGGGGUAUAUCUUUUGGAUGUCUUACAUGGUUUAAAGCCAGGUUAUGUCGAUUAUGAUUUAGUUUAUCAAGGUUCCAAUUUAUCAGAUGAAGAGAAAUAUGCUAAUGCCAAAUUGGCUAUUUCUAUAGCUAGAAAAUUAGGAGCUUUAAUUUGGUUAGUUCCAGAAGAUAUUAAUGAGGUUAGAUCAAGACUUGUGUUAUCAUUCGUCGGAUCUCUUAUGGCUGUAGCUGAAACUUUAUAGUUGUUUUUUUGUCUCUUAUUUUUCUGUUAAACUUACACUUUUUUCUAUAUAUUUAUAUAAAUAUCUGUAUUAUUGGAAUGCAUCUUUCUGACUGACUGUAACUGUCCAUUGGAAGUUUUCUGUUUGCAUCUAUUUUGUUUUUUGCAGUAUAAAUUUCCUGCACACAGACCAGCCAAUAAAAUACAGCAAAAACGCUGAAAAUAAUCAAUACUAAAUACUAAAAUGAGC